UUAACAGGAAAUCGGCCCAGGACCCCCACGCUCAUCGCCAGGGUGCGACAUAUAUCAGUGGAAUUAAAAGUGUACGGUUCGAUUUUACAGAGCAGUAUCGCAGCCGCUUUCUUGCAGUGGCUGUGGCUGUCCGGCUGUAUGCGCGUGGGCGACACUGAUGGGAAGAAGUUAGGCUAUAAUUCUUGAGAAGUUUCCACAGUAUCAUCCGAUUUCUGAAAGUUGUGAGGAGAUAUUUAAAGGACAGCUAAAAUGCCAAAAACGAUCAGCGUACGAGUCACCACAAUGGACGCCGAGCUGGAGUUUGCCAUUCAGCCCAGCACAACUGGCAAGCAGCUCUUUGACCAGAUUGUGAAAACGAUCGGACUCCGUGAGGUGUGGUUCUUUGGGCUGCAGUACCAGGACACCAAGGGCUUCUCCACAUGGCUCAAACUCAACAAGAAGGUCACAGCCCAGGGUGUGCGGAAGGAGAACCCUCUGCUGUUUAAGUUCAGGGCCAAGUUCUACCCGGAGGACGUGUCUGAGGAGCUGAUUCAGGAGGCCACCCAGAGGCUAUUUUUCCUGCAGGUGAAGGAGGCCAUCCUCAACGAUGACAUCUACUGCCCCCCAGAAACCGCCGUACUGCUGGCCUCCUACGCCGUCCAGGCCAAGUACGGCGACUACAAGAAGGACUUCCACUCCUCCGGAUACCUGUCCAGCGACAAGCUGCUCCCCCAGAGGGUCCUGGAACAGCACAAGCUGAAUAAGGAGCAAUGGGAGGAGAGGAUUCAGGUGUGGCAUGAGGAACACAAGGGCAUGCUGAGGGAGGACACCAUGGUGGAGUAUCUGAAGAUCGCUCAGGACCUGGAGAUGUACGGUGUGAACUACUUCAACAUCAAGAACAAGAAAGGCACCGAGCUGUGGCUGGGCGUGGACGCACUGGGGCUGAACAUCUAUGAGCAGUCCGACAAGAUGACACCAAAAAUUGGAUUUCCCUGGAGUGAAAUUAGAAACAUUUCCUUCAAUGACAAGAAGUUUGUGAUCAAACCGAUUGACAAGAAAUCGCCGGACUUUGUGUUCUACGCCCCUCGCCUGCGCAUCAACAAACGCAUCCUGGCGCUGUGCAUGGGGAACCACGAGCUGUACAUGCGGCGCAGGAAGCCUGACACCAUCGAGGUGCAGCAGAUGAAGGCGCAGGCCCGCGAGGAGAAGCACCACAGACAGAUGGAGAAGGCACUGCUGGAGAAUGAGAAGAAGAAACGAGAGAUUGCCGAGAAGGAGAAAGAAAAGAUUGAGCGUGAGAAGGAGGAGCUGAUGGAGAAGCUGAGGCAGAUCGAGGAGCAGACAAAGAAAGCUCAGAUAGAACUGGAGGAGCAGACACGCAGGGCACUAGAGCUGGAGGAGGAGAGGAGACGCGCUCAGGAAGAGGCAGAGAGGCUGGAGAGGGAGCGCCGGACCGUGGAGGAGGCCAAGAGUGCCCUCCUGCAGCAGUCUGAGAACCAGCUGAAGAACCAGGAGCACCUGGCCACAGAGCUGGCUGAUCUCACCUCCAAGAUCUCUCUGCUGGAGGAUGCUAAGAAGAGGAAGGAAGAUGAGGCCACCCAGUGGCAGAGGAAGGCCACCAUGGUGCAGGAGGACCUGGAGAAGACCAAAGAGGAGCUGAAGAGUAAAAUCAUGGCGGCCCACGUGCCGGAGCCCGAGAACGAGCACGACGAGGACGACGAAAGCAGUGCCGAGGCCAGCGCUGAGCUCAGCUCUGCCGGAACCCUCCGUGACCGCAGCGAGGAGGAGCGCAUGACCGAGGCCGAGAAGAACGAACGCCUUCAGAAACAUCUGCUGGCCCUGAGCUCUGAGCUGAUGAACGCCAGGGAUGAGACCAAGAAGACGGCCAACGACCUGAUCCACGCCGACAACGUGAGGGCCGGCCGGGACAAGUACAAGACCCUGAGGCAGAUCCGACAGGGCAACACCAAGCAACGCAUCGACGAGUUUGAGUCCAUGUGAUCCGUUCCGACCAUUCAGGGAAGAGGGCGGGGCACGUGCGCCCUGCACCCAUCACAUGCGUAUCCACAGAACAAGCCUGUAUACAUUUUCUCCUGAUAUUUUGUCAUUUCUAUUGACUCAUCCCAUUUGUAAGGAUGGGUACUGAUUUGUAAGUGCAUAUUCCUUCUGGUAAUACCCGUUUGAACUUAAGCCUUGUCUGGAAAAGCUAAAAACAGAACUGCUGUACCGAGUGAGAAACAUACACUCAGUUACUGUAUGCCUUUGUACAUAGCUUUUGCAAACAGUCAGUAUUUCUUAGGACAAGUCAAUUGGAUCUGGCUUUCUAUACCAGACUUUUCUGGUUGUGUUUUAUACACUGCUGAAGACAGUAAGAAGAAAACAGUUACCCAAAUCAUUUAGGAUUCUCAGAAUUUUAACUUCCUGUUUUAAAUAGGAAGGCGAAUAUUAAGGAAAGAAACCUUCUAGUUUUGCGGUUCAGGUAUGUUUUUUAUGUUGUUAUUGGAAGCAUUGCGAAAACUCAGGAGAUAACUAGUUACAGUAAAAUUAAAUAAUUAACAUUUAGCCCAUUUUAUCGAGAGAUUACUCCAUAACAUUUUGUUAUUGUUAGUUGUUGUGCAGAUUGUAGCAUUCUCUGAAAUUCCAAUGUUUAAAAAAUAUAUAAAAUUAUUCAGCAACAGUGUCAGUUGUUCAAAGAAUAUGUACUGAACAACUACAGCAAAAACACUUGUUGAUUCAGAAAGUGUUCAUUAGAUUGCAUGGAUACCUUGCUGUUGCUCUGAAACAGUGCACAGAUUAGACAUGCCCUUGGUUAUGAAUGGAAUGUUUACCCAUUUCCGUAUCAGAAGCUUCAUGGAGGACCCCUGUUAUUGGAGGGCCCCAUGCCCCAUGCAUUUUUACUUUGCCUCAUGUUGAUUAUUGGCUUUCAAAAACUUUGUCCUGUUUAAAAGCAGGCACUGUAUUUUCUUCCAUUAUGAAGGCACACAUAAGAAGAAAACAGUUGUUAGAAUUUUCAGUAUUGGGAGUGAAUUGACUUAACAGUUCAGGCCUAGAUUAAUUUCUGUGAUUCUUGUAUUCACUGUUUAGUCAAUAGCCGUACAAAAUGGCUGUUUUAAGUUACAGAUGUAUAAUUACAUUAUAUUACCAUAUCUUUGGUUUCCAUUUUUAUUUAUUUUUGAUCUUCAUUCAGAAAAAAAGGCUAUGAUUCUGUGAGCAAAGAUUUCUGAUCGAACCAAUGUUGGAGAUAACCAUGGAGCUUUUUUUCAAUUAUAAAACAUACAAUGCAUUGAAAAACAAAACAAAAUGGCCAUCUGAAGAAUGUUUUAAAAUGUAUUAAAAUGUUAAUAAAUGUUAACAAAAUAUAAAGUCA